UAGUGUAAUCUUAUAAACAAAACAAACCACAAAAGCAUGUUGUAAAAUAAUCUCUGUAUUCCAUGUUUUCAUUUGGGUAAAUAAAACAAAGAUGAAUUGCAGUUGUUUUCUAUCAAAAUGCAAUUUCCAGUUAGAAACGUGUUUCCGUGUCACCGCAAGGUUUCUAAGUUACAAUUGUUCAAAAAAUGUGUCAAAUGAAGCCUCUAAUUUUCGCAUGAAUGUCAACUCACUGCCGAUAUCUCAUAAAAAUUUGUAUCCUUGGAAGACUAAAACUGAAUUUUCGCAACUCAUUGUGUCUUCCAUUAUACAUAAUAAAGAUGGACUUAUAGCUAUAAAUAAACCGUAUGGUGUGAAAACAAAAAAUUUUGAUAAGUCAGGACCUGUGAUGGAUGUGAAUCAAUCUAUUCCAGACUACACACUGGAAGAUGCAAUGCCAGCCUUACAAGAACACCUGAAUGUACCAGAACUGAUUGUUUCAAAAACAUGUGAGAGAUAUUCAAGUGGUGUGGUCUUACUGUCUAGCUCAAAGAAAAUUGACAGUGAUGUAACUAAAUCAUUUAGAAUUGCAAGACAUCAACAAAAAAAUCACCUUACCCAUUGGAUCAUAACUUUGGGAUAUCCAGUUUUGAAUUUUAAAAAGGAGACUGUGGGCCUUAAUUUUCUGAGAUCAAAAGAAAGCAAAACAAAACAGGCCAUCAUUGUGGAUAGUCCAAGCAAGCGUUCUCGGAAAAGAAGAACAGUAUUAUUUUAUCGAGUUGAAUAUCAAGCCAUAUGUGUUAAUCCAAGUUUAGAAACAAGCUUAAUCGAAAUUUCUAGUUCUUCAGAUACAUCUCAUUUCAUCCGAGUAUAUGCAUCAAAUUGUAUCGCACCUGUUUUAGGGGAUCCUAUAUAUAGUUGUAGAAUGAAAAAACUUUUAGGCAUACCCGUAAAAGUUCAUUUGCAGAAUUUUGAAUCGUUUAAAAUGCAGCCUAUUUCCGAUCAAAUGGCUGCGAAACUUAGUCUACCAAAAGGAGUCAUAGGACAUACAAAAAUACCAACAAUGCUGCAUCUGAGGAAAGUAUUGUUACCUUCAUUCAAUGGUGAAGAUCUGUUAAUUAGUGCUGAACUUCCACCACAUUUCCAAUGGAUGGCAAAAACAAUGAAUCUUUUAUGAAACCAUUGAUUUUGUAGAGUAAUAAAUAUCUUUCA